AAUUUACAGAAAAUCGAAAGUGGAGUACGCUUGCGCAGGCUGCACGUGAAUCCUUUGGAGGAGCAAACGAGCUGCGUUCAAAAACAAAAUAUCAACAAGAUCGCCUGCACUUUUUCGCGCUCUGAACAGCAUUAAAAAGCUGCCAGCCAUUUACCGCCUGCGAGCGCAUCAAAGCGGUAGCUAAGCACACUCUCACCGCAAAUUGGAAUUUUAUUUCUACAACAAUUGCUUGGCUAAACUAGCGCUGUCGGGUUCGAUAGACGGGCAUGUGGUGGUCGUCGUGAUGACCAUAACGUUCAAUAUCACCGCAAUGUAGCGGGCAACAGCAAUGUUGUGUCAUUUGCUGAUGGGGACGACGAUGAGUUGCCGUGCGAUAUUUGCGCGCCAGCAAGUGAAGGAGACAAUAACAAAGCAACAGUCAUAGCAAAGGCGACAGACACAGUGCAAAACUCCAUAGCUUAGUUAUGUGUCGUGAAUCGGCGCACUGCCUGACGUGCUUGACCAAACAUAUCACUGCACAUAUAUACGUACGUACGUCGGUGGCAACAACACGGCGCGAACAACAGCAGCAGUAGUAGUAGCAACGGCAGCCAGCCACAGCUCAAGCUAAAGCCAUUGCCAUUGCCGUCGCAGCAGUAAAAGCAGCCUAACCUCCUUGCCGGUCUGCGCGCCAGCCAGCCUGCAUGCCCGCCUAGCUGGCCGACGACUCUUUUGCACGACGAUGACUACAACCACACUAGCAACGGUGACGACGACAACGCGAAUCCCAUUGUAAGUUGAGCCAGCAGUUGUUUGGACGGUCGAUUGGAGGGUCACUUAGUUGGCUGUUUGGCCGGCUGCCUGGUCGCACGGUUGGUCGGUCGGUUGGCAGGCAGUAGGAAGCGAAAGGCGCGCGAAUACGGCAACCGUAAAACUAAAUGCGCGCAUGUAUGUAUAUAUGUUUGUAAGUAUGUCUGUAUGUAAACACUCAUACCCAUCAUGGCAAAUGCACAAACGCGCUUCGGCUCAGCCGCUAGUGCUGCAUGGAGGGAUGUAUGUUGUGCGCUGUUCAACAACGCGCACUAUUGUGGCGUGUGGUAGUGGUGGUGGUGUGUGUGUGUGUGUAGCGGUGUAAUGGCUUGGCUUGGCUUGGCGUGGCGUAGUUUAGCGUGACGUGAUGCGCGGCGUGGCGCGGAGUAGGGUGACGAUGAGCGCAGAACACAAAAGAGUAGAAAAGUGUAGCGCUGGUAUGGUGUUGAUACUGUAUGUUGGGGGACGUUUGACGACGACGACCACGACUGCUGCGACAAUAGCAAGAACAACAAGCAUAACAACAAAAACGACGACUACAGCUACGAAGCGAAGUUUACGCGAGUCGAGCGUAUAUAUGCGAACAUACAUAUACAUCUAACUACACACAUACACAUACACACAACACACACGUACUUAUAUUUGUAUACACGUUUAUGUGCGCGCUCAUUGUGCGCCGUACACAUCAGCCUGCGGCCAACAGCGGGCGGCACGUGGGGAAACUCUACAUGCUGACUUUUCAGGCUGCCACAGCCAUUCAGCCUGCCUCGCCUCAUCCGUCGCUUAGUUGCGGCUAUAUGGCGCACUCUGUGUUUUGCCUUUAGCUGGCGCAUAACCAACAGCCACGCAUUAAAGGGAGCGCAGCAUAUUGACGACGAGGAAAAGCGAUAGGGGCGCCACAAAGCGCGCACACUAGCUUCGGUUGGUCGGUUGGAUUUGUUAGCUGAGUUCAGUGCCUGCUGUAUUGGAUGGGGCCGUCAUUCGUCGCUUACUAUACUUCGCCUUAGCGGUCGAUCGAAUAAAUGUUUAACGGCGCGUUGUCGCCGUCGCCGUCAACUUUGUCGCUGCCGUGUGCAGUGCCCGUUGUUGAUGAGCGCACGAGUGUAUGGUUGGUUGGCUGUCUGUUUGGUUGGGUGUGCGGAACGCGCUUUGUCAUGUAUUUUGUGGAGGCGGACGCAGACAAUGUAUAACGACGCAGUAAAGUUGUCGUGCGCGAAAUUGUUGUUGCACUGCUCUCAACGGUACAGCUUGCGUUUGCAGUCGUUCUUUGUAUAUACCAUAUAUGUAUGUACAUAUAUGUAUCCUUUUUAACAGCAAUUACUUCUCAGCGCAAGAUUCUGUGCGUCGUCCGCGCUGGAAAUUGCUUAUUUGUUUCCAAGCUCUUGCAGGCACUUCUAUGUUAGCGUCCACGAGUUAGUCUUUAACCGCUUAAUUUGAUCAUUCAUAUCAACAUAGUGCGUAUAUGAUUUUAGAACGUUUCGCCUACAAUAUAGCUUACCAGCGCUCCAGUAAUACCAUGAGCGCACAAAAUAACCUGUCAUCGUCCUGGUCUCACCUGUGCUAUUUGCGAAGGCCGUGUUGCUGCAGCUAGUGCCGCCUGCAAUACUCUCAUCAUCAUUGUUAUCAUCAUCAUUAUCAUCAUCACCAACCGCUUUUUCGCCAAACUCGCUGCUUUUAGCCACCAUUGACUGCUACUGACUGACUGUUGACUGCUACAGCAUGUUCUUGUUGUUAUUGUUUUUUAGUUUCUUUUUUUUCAUUUUUAGUAAUGCGCCACUACUAUUCCACAAUCGGUAUUUGCCUCCUCUGCUUAACCGCUUGCCACUUCCACCGCUGCCACACUAACACGCUUUUGUUGCUUACUCUGUCGCUGUCAAUGGCACUGUUGUUGCUGCUGCCACUGCUGCUGUUGAUGAUGGUGCUGGUGCUGGUGGUACGAUGCUGCUGUUGGCUUGCGAUAAUGGCAAUGGUAUGGCGUGGUUGUGUGUUUGUUGCUGGCGGCCGCCUUUUUGUCGUCGUCGUCAUCGUCACUGCCAAGCAUCGUUGUUGACGCUGUUCUUGUUGUCGUUGGUGUUGUUGUUAUUAUUGCUUUGGCUGCAUGCCUUCCACUGGCGCUGUUGCUGUUUCCGUCGCCGCCGCCGCUGCUGCUGUUGCUGUCGCUGGUGCGGCUGUUUUAACUUGCUUCAUUCUUUGUUUUUGUUUUCGUGUGUGUGUUUUGUUCACAGCGCUGUUGCCUGUGUCUCAACUCUGCUCGUGUCUGUCGAACCGUUGCGCGGUGGUUGUACGUGCGCUCAGCUCAUUCAAGUGUCCAACUUUUGUCGGAGCGGUCGCAUCGGUACGGAUAAAUUCACACAACGUUCAGAGUCCGCUGGCAGUCAGCAAGUGCGGUACAUACAUACAUACGAAUAUAUAAACGACAGCGCCUACUAGGCUAUUGUGUGUGUAUACAGUGGCCAUAUACAUAUGUAUGUAUAAUACAUAUAUUUGUAGUGUUUUUGUAUCAUAGAUAUAUACGCGCGUGUGUGUGUGUACAUAUGUUUAUGGCAGUGUUUCGCCUAUAGAUGCAUAUACCCACAUCUAUAUAUACAUUUUAUAUGCAUAUCGCAGCAGCAGAUUGUUUGGCGUUAAUGUGCAACUGCAUAUAGGCACUGUAUAUAUAUGCACACACUUAAGUGUGCGUGUGUGUAUUCACUGACAACUGAACGCUAUUGAAAGCGCUACUCAACGCGCUACACUACUGCUGUUGUUGUACUUGUUGUGGUUAGUGCUUUUGUUAUUGCGCGGCUACAGCUGCCUCGUCACAGCGAUUUUGCCUUUACCCAUACUUUAUAUACUUACGUACGUAGUAUGUACAUAUACUCGUAUGCACUUCGCUUGCUUGUAAUCAGCGCUGUUAUAGCCGUACGCGGACCACCGCUGCCGUUGCCAUUGCCAUUGUCCGUCAACUAGUCGCAGCAUUGCUACUGUGCUGUCUUGCCACCGUCGGGCAAUCGAUACUCGCUGACUGUGGUCUGCGUGCCGUGAAAGACCAUCAUCAAAACCAACUGUGAGCGCGAGUGCUCGUUUAUGUGUACAUAAGUAUAUACAUAUACCUAUACAAACCUAUUUUUGUAUAUACAUAUGUAUGCGUGUGUUUGUAGUGCGUAUGCUCGCUAAAAACGUCUAAUUGCAAAUAAUACGCUAAAAGCAAGUUGUGACGAAGGUGCGCGGAAGCAAGUGUACAAACUAUGCGUAUAUUUCUAUUUACUGUGCUAACAUACAAGGCAUUAUCUCUUCGGCGCGUAUCUAAGCAAUUAAUAAAUAUUAAACAAAAACAAAAGCGCUAAAAGAAAACAAAAUUAAAAUAUUUUGCAAUUAACCGGCAAAAUAAAAAGCAAACAAGUGAAUUUUUCACCGAUACAUUUUUCGAUAAACACAACAAAUGUCAAGUAGUGCAACUGUGCUGCUAAUCUAAACAAACACGCCGCAAGCUUGUAGCUAAAACAUAAACAUUGUAUUGUAGUCGCCAUUAGACAACUUGGUGAAAUUAAGAAAAAACGAUUAAAUUAAUUGACACACACAAAAUGAAGACUCCACGCGGCGCUAGCGAGUCGUCCACAACAUCUGACAACACAACCGAAUUCAUUGAUAUCGUUAAGAAGUAUGAUGUUGUUUAUAAUACACACAAUCCGGAUUAUAAAAAUGUCGAAGUGAAAAUGAAGGUUUGGUCGCAGAUUGCCGAGGAGAUUGGCCUAUCUGUUGAUGCAUCGAAGCGAAAAUGGAAAAAUCUACGCGACAGUUAUACCAAAUAUUUGCGUUCUUUUCGGAUCGGUACGAAGACAUCGAAGAAAUAUCAGUAUUGGGCCCAUGCCGAUCAUAUGGAUUUUCUGAAACCUUAUCAGGGACCCGGCAGACAUUCGAACGGCAACUCGAAUAGUAGCAACAGUCACAAAACCAAUGAAGAUACCGAAGAUACAGAGUGUGAUUUCGGUUUUCAAGUAUUGACUAAAGCGACAGCUACCAACUCUUCAUCGGAUGAUGAUAUAAAAUUUAAUACCACAGCAACAAUGCCAACAAGCACAACGGUACAAACACCAGCAGCACCAGCACCACCACCGCCGCCACCGCCAACGUCACAAACAACUGUAGCCACCAUUCCACCGGCUGUAUGCAGCACGAUAACAAAUACAACGGUGACUGCUGUACCAACAACACACAAUCCGAUUCCCGCUCACUUUCCUAUCACAGCUAUGGUUUCAGUACCGGCAGCAUCAGCUGCUUUUUCGCCCAACAAUUCGGCUGCAAUAAAUUGCAUUGCACCGAGCAAUAAUAUUGCAGCAACAGCUGCCGCUUCUGUUGCAGCGCUCACUAACAAUUGUAGUGGUGCGCCACCGGUGACCGCAACAGCCGGUGCACUUGUGCUGCCAGUGCCAUCAUUGCCGACUGUACAAUUACCACCGGUACAGCCGAUGAACAAACCGCUUUUGGGUCCGAUCUCGACUAUGGGUCCAACUAAUAUGCCACCAGCGCAGAUAUUUCCAUUGCCGCCACUGGCAAAUGUACCAAAACCGACAGCGCUAAUGCCAGCUAGCAGCGCUGCCAGUAGUGUGGGUUGCUUAAUUAUUGAACCACAAUUAUUUGCCUCGGCAGACACGUUCAAGAAGGAGCUAAGCGCUCCGACUAUUGGUCUAUUCCAUAAUAUAACAUCACCCGCAACGACUACCGCCUCUACGGCACGCAUCAAUCCACCGCUGAUAUCGAAAAUACGUCGUGUACAGCCAUCGCCACAAACGGCAGCGAUUAAUCUUAGCUUCAGUGCAACACAAACACAACAAACUGCGAAUAGCAACAGCAGCAACAACAACAAUAACAAUACGCUUAAUAAUAGCAACAAUACUAAUUGCGGCCAACCGCCACCGGCGAAAGUGCGCAAAACUAGUGAUCGUGCCGAGGUCGAUAUUUCGGCAAUAUUGCAAGCGAAUCGCGACUUGGAUGCUAAUACGUUAUUUUUCCUUAGUCUGGCGCGUAUGGUACGCGCAAUGCCGACCAAAUUUCAAUCGCUUGCGAAAAUGCGUUGCAUGCGUAUUGUCAGCGACAUAGAAUUGGAAUUGGAGAAUGUAAAUGAAUGUGGUGGCAUGCCAUCACACGAUGAUUCACACGCUGGUAAAUUUUGUAGCAUAGAUUCGUCGCCUUCACCACCGGAUGGCACAACCAUUAUACCAAGUAAUCCAGUGUCAGAUAGUGGACCAACAGAGCACUUCGUUUAUGUGAUGUCGCCAUCACGUGUGGAGAGCAUGAUUGAUAUUUCAUCCGACGAAGAUGGCACCAUGAAUGGCAAUUAAUUGGGUACAAAUUUAAAUAACUCAAUAAAGUAGUAAAAUGUAAAUAUUUUAUCAAAGAUACUCAGAAUAAACUAAGAUAAUUUUAAAAAUAUCAACAU